AUGAACAAGGAGGAACUUGUCGAGCUUUUAGCGAAAUCUCAAGACGCAAUCUUAGAACGUGUUGAUUCGAAAUUACAAGAGCUCAAGAGAUCUAUUUCUGAAGAUCAAGAGGAGUUCUUAAGUUCUGUCGCUAAAAGAGUCAAAGAAGAUAAUUCCAUUAAGUGGAAAAAAGUGGGAAACGAGAAACAGUUCAAGUUCAACCAGUCAGUGGAAGCCAGAUUUGAUUCAGCUAUCUCCGCCAUUGAGAAAAAGAAGCUGGAUAAGGCGAAAAAAGAGCUGGAAGAGGUCCUUUCCACUGCAGCCCUUUCAGUUUCGACAAGCCGCAUUUCUGCCCAGAUCUCAGUUCCCUUCCCUUCCCUUGUGGAUCGGAAGGACACUGGAGAAACAACUUCCCCAAUCUCAUUUCUUCAGGAAGAUCAGAUAAGUCAACCAAGUGAUUUUUUUGAUUUUGAAAAGUCUUCAGUUUCUUUUUUGUUUAAAGUUGGCUCUCUCAGGGAACACGUUGAUUUUUGGUCCAAUUCCAUUUGCGCCUCCUACUUUAUCAUUAACACUAUUGUUGAAGGCUACAGAAUUCCUUUCUUUGAUUUGCCUCAGAAUUUUGUUAUUCCCAAUAGAUCUUCGGCAUUCAAGUUUAAAGAUUUUGUUAAUGAGGGCAUUUCAGAGUUAAUUGAGCGUGGUUGUGUUAAGGAAGUUCUUAUUCCACCAAAGUUUAUCAAUCCUCUCCACGUUGUGCAGCAGUCCGGUGGGAAAUGCAGGCUUAUUUUGGACCUUUCGUAUUUAAACAGAUUUAUUUGGAAGCAGUCUGUUCGGUUCGAAGAUAUUCGCACUAUGUUUGAUUUGUUUCAGUCAGGUUAUUUUUUCUUCACCUUUGAUCUCAAAUCUGGAUACCAUCACGUCCAAAUUUUUCCAGAUCAUCGCCAGUAUCUGGGUUUUUCUUGGAAUUUUGGCUCGGUUGUUAAAUACUUCGUUUUUACUGUUUGGCCUUUUGGUAUGUCCUCCGCGCCGUACAUUUUCAGGAAAUUAGUGCUUUCGCUCGUUAAUUACAGGCGCGGUCUUGGGCGUCGUGUUGUUACUUUUUUGGACGACGGUAUUGGCGGGAGCCCCGAUUACGCUAGUUGCCUGGUCCAUAGUCGUUUAUGUCGGUCUGAUUUGAACUCUGCGGGUUUCUUUGUGAACCUUCAAAAAUCAGUGUGGGAGCCGUCUCAAGUCGGUACCUGGCUUGGUUUCCAUGUAGAUCUCAGUCUUAAUUUCAUCACCGUUCCUCUUCCGAAGAUUACGAAGUUGCAGGAGAGUAUUUCGCGUAUCCUUGCUCUGCGUUUUUUCAACGCUAAGGAUCUAGUAAGCGUUGCUGGUCAGUUGAACUCUAUGUUUUCCGCUAUUGGAAACAUUGUGCGUUUAAUGUCUCGUGCCAUGUACGCCCAGAUUUCAGCUCAGAAUUCCCGGUUUUCUAAUUUUUAUCUGGAAGAUUCGGUUGUGGAGGAAUUAGUUUUCUGGCAAUCCAAUUUAGAUCAUCUCAAUGGCCGUCGUAUUUGGUUUAAAUCCAGUGCAGUUAGAGUUGCUUAUUCGGACGCUAGUGACACUGGAUAUGGCGGUUACAUUGUUGAACUUGGGCCCCAGGUGGCCGUGCAAGGUGUUUGGUCGGCUGAUUUAGCAAAGGAAAGUUCCACUGUGCGUGAAGAUUUUGGCCGUUAGAAAAGUUUUGCAAUCUUUUACGCCUAAGCUUGCAGGUAUAUGUGUCAAAUGGCACACGGACAACCAGAAUGUUGCGCGUAUUAUUAGUGUCGGUAGCAGGAAGUCUGGUUUGCAAAGCGAAGCUAAGCGUAUUUUUAAAAUUUGCAUUCAUCAUGGCAUUUCUAUUGAGCCUGAAUGGGUACCCAGAUCCAGUAAUGAGCAAGCAGAAUAUUUAAGCCGUAUUGUUGAUUUUCAUGACUGGUCUGUUAAUCCUCACAUUUUUCGCUUUUUAGACUUGAAAUGGGGUCCUCACUCUAUUGAUCGUUUUGCUGACGAGCAUAACCAUUUAUUACCUAGAUUUAAUUCCAGGUUUUGGAAUCCUUACUGUGAAGCUAUGGAAACCUUUACAAGGUCGUGGGACUUCGACAACAACUGGGUUUGUCCGCCACGUCACCUUGUUCCACGGACUCUGAGGCACAUGCGGUCUUGCUGUGCGCAAGGUACUUUGAUCGUUCCGCUUCGGUAUUCUGCUCCAUUUUGGCCUUUACUUACAACGGACGGUUCUCAUCUGGCUCAUUUUGUUGAAGAUUGGGUGGACCUGCCCCCCUUGAAGACGACUUUUUGCAUGGGUCGCCACAGCUCUGGUGUUUUUAGCAGAGAGAAUCUUAAUUUUAGGGUUUUGGCUAUUCGUAUUAAUUUCAGAUCUGCUCGGUUUUUUACUACUGGUUUUUGUACUAGCGAUCAAGGUUGGUGCUCUCAGUGUUCAACUGCCUAGUUUGGUAAGUGUUUUUUUUGGGGGGGGUACCUUUAUAAUUUUCUAUUGAUUCUUUUUUCAGUGCGUUGAUGGCAUCGGAUGGUCUGAGGUCAGCGGGUGGCCUUGAGGUAGCCAGUGGGUGGCUUAUGCAGACUCCUUUAGGAUUAUUUGUUUUAGCCAGAGGGUGGCUUGCACGUAGCCAGUGGGUGGCUUACGUCGAUUCUUUUGGCUUUAUUUGUUAUAGCCAGUGGGUGGUUUACACAGAUUCUAUUACCGUUAUUUGUUCUUUGCUAUAGCCAGUGGGUGGCUUGCUCGUAGCCAGUGGGUGGCUUACGUCGAUUCUAUUGGCUUAAUUUGUUAUAGCCAGUGGGUGGUUUACACAGAUUCUAUUAGCGUUAUUUGUUCUUUGCUAUAGCCAGUGGGUGGCUUGCUCGUAGCCAGUGGGUGGCUUACGUCGAUUUUCUUGCCAUUAUUUGUUAUAGCCAGUGGGUGGUUUGCACAGGUCCGUUGACAAUAUGUGUUCUAGCCAGUGGGUGGCUUGCGCAGUUCCAUUUAGUUUCAUUUAGUUUUAUUAGUUUUACUUGUUCUGUCACUGGGUGGCCUGGGUGUAGCCAGUGGGUGGUAUACGCAGUUUCCUUUGUUGUUCUUAUUUUUCCCGUUCUCGACCGCUCGGUUUGGGCAGCGCUUGGCUUGAAGCGAGCCGCACCCAAGGUUUGUGUGUUUUCUUGUUGGGACAAACUGAAAUUUAGAGGAGAGUAGUAUUUUCCUGCGUUUGACUUGGUAAUUAGGAGGAAAAUAUGCUCUCAUCGGUAUCUCAUGUUUGUUUAGGCGUGUGCGCUGGUAUGUGGGUAAUUAGUAGGGGUAUAUAUUUGGGCGUGCUGGUUUUGUCUUUCAUCUCGGUCUUGCUGUUCCAGCGUUCGGGUCAUUUUUAUUUGUUUUUGACUUUUUAGGGUGUGUGUGUGUUCUUUUUGCUUAUAUUUUACAGAUGUUUUCAGCUCUACUAUGUGGUCGGAUCUUCAGGAUGCGGUUCCCCAGGGAUCCAGUGCUUUACAAUCCCUUGCAAGUUCUCUUCCGGAUGUUGCGUUGGCUAGCAGAGCACCCAGUACUUCCUCCAAGUAUUUUUCUGCUUACAGCAGAUAGAGGUCUUGGGCACGAGAACAUGGCUGACAGUUUUUCCCGCUUCUCCGUUUCACUUUGCUAUUUAUUUGCGUCAUUUAAUGACUGA